CUCAACUCUCAACCAGAACCCAAAACAUGGCCUUCUCUUUUAAUUUCUUCAUCAUUUCAUUCCUUUCUUUCUUACUCACCCAUGGAAUCCUCAAGCUUGAAGCCUCGCAUCAUGUUUACCCAAACCUUCAAACUCUUGAUGAAUCCACCACACCAGCUUCUGCCAAUCAACCUUACAGAACUGGCUUUCAUUUCCAGCCUCCCAAGAAUUGGAUGAACGAUCCCAAUGGACCACUGAUAUACAAGGGAAUUUACCACUUAUUCUACCAAUACAACCCACAAGAUGUAGUAUGGGGUCACAUUGUAUGGGCUCAUUCUACGUCAACUGAUCUGGUGAACUGGAUCCCCCAUGAUCCAGCCAUUUACCCCUCCCAGCAGUCUGACAUGAACGGUACCUGGUCAGGUUCAACCACCAUCCUCCCCGGUGGCAAACCGGCCAUUCUGUACACUGGCAUUGACCCGAAAAACAGACAAGUUCAAAACCUUGCUGUGCCCAAAAAUCUGUCUGACCCCUACCUUAGAGUGUGGGUAAAGACACCAAAAAACCCUUUAAUGGCACCAAAUUCCCUAAACCAAAUCAAUUCAAGCUCAUUUAGAGAUCCCACAACAGCUUGGUUAGGCCCUGAUGGGCAUUGGAGGGUGAUUAUUGGAAGCAAAAUCGAUCGCCAAGGGAAGGCAAUUCUAUUCAAAAGCAAGGAUUUUGUUAAUUGGGUCCAGUCACCCCAGCCUUUGCAUUCUGCCAAUGACAAUGGGAUGUGGGAGUGCCCUGAUUUUUUCCCUGUUUCAACUAAGUCCUCUUAUGGGCUUGAUACCUCUGCUUUGGGUUCAGACCUUAAACAUGUGCUUAAGGUCAGCCUGGAUGACACCAAGCAUGAAUACUACACUAUUGGGACAUAUGACCUUGCCAAGGAUAUCUAUGUUCCUGACCAGGGGUCUUUGAAUAGUGAUUCAGGUUUAAGAUAUGAUUAUGGCAAAUUCUAUGCUUCCAAGACCUUUUUUGAUACUGCACAAAACCGACGAAUUUUGUGGGGUUGGAUCAAUGAAUCAUCUAGUGUGUCUGCUGACGUUAAGAAGGGAUGGUCUGGGGUUCAGGCUGUUCCAAGGAAAAUUUGGUUAGAUCGAUCUGGAAAACAACUGGUACAAUGGCCGGUGCAAGAGAUAGAAAAGCUACGUGCAAACCAAGUAACCUUCCCAAGCAAAUUGCUCAAGGGAGGAUCAGUUCUUCAAGUUUCUGGUGUCACAGCAUCUCAGGCAGAUGUUGAUAUUUCCUUCGGCAUAACUGAGUUUGAGAAAGCUGAAGUGAUCGACCCCAAGUGGACAAAUCCACAAGAGCUGUGCAAUCAAAAGGGUGCAUCAGUGAAAGGUAAUCUGGGUCCAUUUGGGUUGCUGGUUUUGUCUUCAAAGGGCUUGAAGGAAUACACAGCAGUCUUCUUUAGAAUUUUCAAAGCCAAUGACAAAUAUGUGGUGCUCAUGUGCAGUGACCAAAGCAGGUCUUCACUAGACAAGAGCAAUGACCUCACGACAUAUGGAGCUUUUGUGGAUGUAGACCCUGUUCAUCAAAAGUUGUCUCUAAGGAGCUUGAUUGAUCACUCUAUAGUGGAGAGCUUUGGUGGAGGAGGCAAAGCUUGCAUCACAGCAAGAGUUUAUCCUACUUUAGCAAUUGAUGAUGGAGCCUAUUUGUAUGCUUUCAAUAAUGGAACUGAGCCAGUGAUGAUGGAGAAGUUGGAUGCUUGGAGCAUGAAGAAAGCCAGAAUCAAUUGAAACUGUUUUGAAAGAGCAGGGAAUCGAAGUUCUUCCCAACUAGUUUUCAACAAUGUUAGUGGAAUUUGAAGGCUAUUGUUACUGAAAAUUCAUAUAAUAUAUAUAAGAGUUAAUAUUCAUAUUAAACCAAGUAGUUUGAA